AUGGAGGUCAGUCUGCUGGAGCUGCUCAGUGUGGAGCUCAACUGCAGCCUCGCGGACGCGUUUGGAGACGCUGCGUCCGGAAACGCGUCAGGUGCGCGUCUUUCCUCAGACGCUCUGUACUGCAACGCCACGGCGGAUGAGAUCGGCACGUGCUGGCCGAGGAGCGGCGCGGGGCGGCUGGUGGCGCGGCCGUGUCCCGACUUCAUCAACGGGGUCAAGUACAACAGCACCAGGAGUGCGUAUAGAGAAUGCCUGGAGAAUGGCACAUGGGCUUUCAAGAUCAACUACUCUAGCUGUGAGCCCAUUUUAGAGGAAAAGAGGAAGUAUCCAGUUCACUACAAGAUUGCUCUCAUCAUCAACUAUUUGGGACACUGCAUAUCUGUAGGUGCUCUCAUCAUUGCCUUCAUUCUCUUCCUGUGCUUGAGGAGCAUCCGGUGUUUGCGAAAUGUAAUUCACUGGAAUUUAAUAACCACUUUCAUUCUGAGGAACAUCAUGUGGCUUCUGCUACAGCUCAUUGACCACAACAUUCACGAAAGGAAUGAGCCAUGGUGUCGCCUCAUAACCACCAUCUAUAAUUAUUUCGUGGUGACGAAUUUCUUCUGGAUGUUCGUGGAAGGCUGUUAUCUUCACACGGCUAUCGUCAUGACCUACUCCACCGACAAACUCCGAAAGUGGGUUUUCCUCUUCAUCGGGUGGUGCAUUCCGUGUCCAAUCAUCAUUGCCUGGGCCGUUGGGAAGCUGUACAACGAAAAUGAACAGUGCUGGUUUGGAAAAGAACCUGGAAAAUACAUUGACUACAUUUAUCAGGGUCCUGUGAUUGUUGUUCUUCUGAUAAACUUCGUGUUCCUGUUCAACAUCGUCCGCAUUCUCAUGACGAAGCUGCGAGCCUCCACCACAUCAGAGACCAUACAGUACAGGAAAGCAGUGAAGGCAACGUUAGUGCUGCUUCCUCUGCUUGGCAUCACAUACAUGCUGUUCUUUGUGAAUCCUGGAGAUGAUGACAUCUCACAGAUCGUCUUUAUUUAUUUCAAUUCCUUCCUGCAGUCCUUUCAGGGUUUCUUCGUCUCUGUGUUUUACUGCUUCCUCAACGGUGAGGUACGCUCUGCAGUAAGAAAACGUUGGCACCGAUGGCAGGAUAACCACGCCCUCCGUGUUCGGGUUGCCAGGGCAAUGUCUAUCCCAACAUCACCAACUCGCAUCAGCUUCCACAGCAUUAAACAUACUACUGCUGUGUGA